CUGUGCUAUCCUGGGAUGAGUAGCAAUUGCUUGUACAUUACAAUUUACCACGUGAUCAUGACGUCUCCCUAAUUACACACCCGAAGGUGGAUUAACCUUUUGCGAGUAUUUCUAUAAAACAUUGAUAUAACUUAUUUCGAUUAAUCACAUUAAUUUAACAUUGUCUUACUAUGUAUUUACCAUCAUUGUUUCCGUAUAUGCAUCCGAUUGGUAUUUCUAUUUUCUACUCCACGUUGAAUAUCGGGAUAUAAAAGACUUAUUUUUUCACUCGCUGGCUACAAACUUCGGCACAGGACAGUUGGCAGAAACAGUUUGUUAAUCAAUAGGGACCGUCAACACCUUCAAGCAGAAAGUUUUGUCAAAUUUCAGGCUUGUUUCUCUGCCGUAGAUAGGCUACAACCAUGGCUCGGAAAGAACUAUUCAGUAUCUUCUGCAUCUUGUUAAUACCAUGCAUCAUUCACUGUGAAAACGAAAAAACGGACUCGAAUGCUAUACAAAGCACAAAAACAGCGGAAUCGAGGGUAGAUGAAUUAAAAGACACAUUAGAAGAUUUAAAAACUUUAGCAAAAGAAGAGGAUAAUGAUAUUAUUUCGAGCGUUCAAGAGGACCCAGCAAAGAGGAACUGGAAGUCGGGACAGUUCUGGGGUAAACGUGGUGAUGGUUGGAAAUCUAAUCAGUUCUGGGGCAAACGGGACGGGGAUGAUGAAGACAAAAGAGCUUGGAAAUCUGGACAAUUUUGGGGUAAAAGAGCGUGGAAGUCAGGACAGUUUUGGGGUAAACGUUCAGAUGACGACGAGAAACGCGCUUGGAAAUCUGGUCAAUUUUGGGGGAAACGAGCCGGUGAUGAGUUAGAUAAGAGGAACUGGAAGAGUGGUCAGUUUUGGGGAAAACGUGACUGGAAAUCAGGACAAUUCUGGGGAAAGAGAGAAGAUCCCGCCAUCGAAUAUGAGGACAAUCAAGACAAAAGAAAUUGGAAAUCCGGUCAAUUUUGGGGAAAACGAGAUAUGGACGAAGACAAGCGUAAAUGGAAAAGUGGACAAUUUUGGGGAAAACGAAGCGUUGAUAGUGAGAAUACCAAUGACGUGCAAGUAGAUGAUAGCAUAGACAGUACUCAUUCAAUUGCGAAACGUUCCACCGAUUGGAAAAGUGCUUCGUUAUGGGGAAAACGAGAUUGGAAGAGCGGCCAAUUCUGGGGCAAAAGAGCAUGGCAGAACCCGGGAUCUUGGGGUAAAAGAGGGGAUAGUUGGAAGGCGGGUAACUUCUGGGGAAAACGAGCUGACUCUUGGAAGAGCGGUAACUUCUGGGGCAAGAGGGAUGCUGGCGAAGACGACGUCUUAGACACACUUAUAACAGAGAGAGUUAUGAAAUACUUCAAUAAUGAUAGUAAUGACUGCCUGGAUAGAAAGGAGCUUCAACAGUUCAUAAACUGGCUCACUACCCUAGGUAUGGCCGAUAUGGAACUUUGAGCCGGGACUACUUUUAUUAUUUGAACCGGAAUUACUUACCUAGCGAAUCAUCCUCCCUGGAAACGACCCUUGUAGCGCAACAUACUUAGUAGUCGCCUACAAAAAGAUUUGUCUUAUGGACUAAAACGGACAGAAAACACCAACAUAUCUCACGCAUGUUCUAAGUUUUUGACCAACAUAUCUCACGCAUGUUUUAAGUUUUUGACUAAUACAUAAAAUAUUUUCUUUAUUCUAUACAGUAUGUGAUAAAUAACGCAAUAUGUUGGGGUCGUCCAAAACUAAUUCUCUCAAAAAUGCAAAGAAAUAUAGAUCUGGACUUUCCAAUAUGCCAUGGAAAAACAGUGAAAUAAUUUUUAUCAUAAAUACCUAUAUUCUAAAAAAGGAUUGUGAAAUCAUUUCGUGCAAUAAUUUACAAUCAAUCUCAUAAUCAAACCAUGUUAGCAAAAUAAUGUGACGUAUUAAUUUAAAAAUAAAAUUUUACAAUUAAAUGCAUAAAGCACUACGUUGAUCAGAUCAAGGAGGACUGACCUUAUUAGAUGCAAAUGUACAUAUUUAUAGAAACUUGAAUAAACUUAUAUUUUUGUUUUCUAAACCACACGUGUCUAUUGACAUCGUUGAAUAAUUUAACAUUUUGUAUUAUCGGUAAAACAAUACACCCAUGCGGUAAUGGGGGUAUAGAUAUACACCCCCUUCACACACACACCCUCCUCUAAAUGUAAUAAAAGCUUUUAACAUAUUGUGUCAACUCGCGGUACAGAAGAGGAGAUGUUGUUGACAAAUACAU